AUGGCUGACGAGCUAGCCAGAAGAAACUCCUGGAGGGCUCCAGCCCAGCUGCCCCCUCGAAGCCGGACUCCGCCCGACACUAGAGCGGGUCAGCCACGGUUUCGCCUCACCGAGCCAGAAGACCCCCGAGGGCAGCCGAGAGCACAGCCUCCCUGGCUCGCAGACCAGUUCUGUAAUGCCAUUGGAGUGUUGCAGCAGUGCGGCCCCCCAGCCUCUUUCAGCAACAUUCAGACAGCGAUAAACAAAGACCAGCCUGCUAAUCCGACGGAAGAGUACGCCCAACUGUUCGCAGCAUUGAUUGCACGAACUGCGAAAGAUAUCGAUGUUCUGAUAGAUUCCCUGCCUAGUGAAGAAUCGACAGCAGCUUUGCAGGCUGCUAGUCUGUAUCGAUUAGAAGAAGAAAAUCAUGAAGCAGCUGCCCGUCUGGAAGAGGUGGUUUAUCGUGGGGAUAUGCUGCUGGAAAAGAUACAGAGCGCCCUGGCAGAUAUCGCCCAGUCGCAGCUGAAGACGAGAAGCGGCACGCAUAGCCAGCCCCUUCCAGACUCGUAGCGCCAGGGGGCAGCGCGCCCCUGCAGAACCGAACUGCCGCCAGGCCCUGCGGGAAACGCAGCGCUCUGUCCACGGGGAGCUUGUGACACCCAGCCCUGCUCCCGUGGGGCUCUCAAGGGCGCUGAUCGUCGGUAACGUUGUCUUUUAUCACAGCUCAUGCUGCAGGUUUUGUGUGAGAAACACUUCUAUUGUAGAAUCGGUGGUUCUGUUCUAGAAUUACGUGUAUUGGUGUAUGUUUCCUUGACUUAGAAUAUUAAUUUCUGAGCUUUCUUUUCUGUUCAUAAAUAUGUCUGACUUCAAUCUGAUUUGUUAUCUUCGUUACACGGGCCUUAGUACCUAAAGGGAAUUCAGAAGAAAAAUAUAUUGAGUAUUUGUGGAAUCUGCUCAUUCCUACUUUCAAACUUUUAUGUUCUCAGUGUAUUUUUUUGUAAGGCUCAAACACAGACACGCUUGAAUUUGCCAGAGUUCCGCAGAGACAGUGCUAGACAACGAUGUGAAUACAGUGGUGGCCAUCUGUUUUAAUUAACAGCAAUGGUAAUUAAACACUUGUAUUACUACUUGGCUGGUUUACCACCCUUUACAGAGCAAGUAAAAGGAUAAGUAAACUCUAAUGUUUGCAGAGUAAGUGUUCUUGCCAUUGGCAUCUCAUUUAAAAAAAAAAAAUAAUUUGCAGGUAUCUGAUAUUGGCAUUUAUUAUUGUUUGUAAUUCACAAAUGGGUCUUUGGCUCCGUUAUUGCCACUGACACGCUUACUCUUACUUGCUCGUGCCGUUCCUCUGCUUCUGCUGAUACUCCACAUUCUCGUGGCAACUGGUGAAUGCUUCUAAAGCAGGCAGUAAUGAGGAAGCAUUGGAUGACUGGGAAGAAAUUAGCAAUGAGGAAACUGAAAAUAACUCAUUACGUAAUGUGGCUUUUCAGUGUAAGCAGCGGCUGCCACGUGAAUGCUGUGAUCAUAAGCAGCAAGAGGCCUGUCGUCCUCAACAUGCUCUAGAGAGUUUUUUGUUUGUAUCUUCACACGCUGAAUAAAUUUUCGCCCCUUGCCUUAGGAUUCUGGAAAUACCAGCAUCUCUUUUUAAAUUUGAGAAAAACCCACCAGAUAACGUAGGGUUCAAGGCGUGAGCUGGGAGUUGAACUGCUAGUCAUUUUCCGUGUUUUUGAGUUAGCAGCCUUGCAUUAUUGUAGGAUGCUCUUUAUUGCCACAUGAUAUCUGCUGUUUCCUGAUCAAAACUCCCUACUUCUAUAUAUUGGACAUGCUGUCACUGACUUGCAAGUUACAGGUGUUGCUAUUGCACAUAGACGGGUAAGAGCAAUUCAAAUACGUCUUUAGCAUGCUGAUCCGUAAGGAAUUAGGUGCAGCCACUCAGACUGCACUGGUGAAAGGAAGAGUAUAACGUGGCGCAGGAUACAUCUUGUAUACAGCCUGUUUUGAGGAUUAAAAAAUACAAAGCUGUUCCUACCUGUAACAAAUACUAAAACUGAAGUAUUUAGUCAGACUGGUAUUUAAAUAAAUAUUUAAUACUAUUUUGUCAAAUCUGCA